AUGCUGCAACAGCAACAUCCACCAGUGCGUGGUUGUUAUCAUGAACCUCGAGAGGCGGGACCAUACGGGAAUGUGACGAUAAGGUGGGACUCUAUGGAAUUUAGUAAUAAGACUAAUGUCACAGUCUACAACUACUUGAAGAUUUACGAUAGUGAAGGGCCAUUGGAAUUAGAUUGGACAUGGGGCGAAAAGAAAAUCGAAAUGAGAACUGGACGUGGUGCAAAAGGAACACUAAAACAUUUUAAUGGCACGGCCUUACAUGACAAGCCUAGCAAAGGCGGUACCGGUGUGAUUACGUCGUGGUAUAAAGAAGCCGACCUUGCCAAAAGCUCUUGUUCAUUCCACAUGUCUAGUGUUACUAGAGUACCGGGAGUUAUUCCAUCUUUUACCACACCAGAAUGGGAAUACCGGUGUAGUACAUUGAUUAAAGUAACUAAUCCUCCGGGUUAUAAUAUGAGGUCGUGGAAGACGAAAUGCACUCCCUUCAACAGUACGAGAUAUGAAGAAGAGCUGGAAAACGUUGAAACAAGUGUGGCUUCAUUGGCUCGAUCCUUGGAGAAAGAAGAUUCUUCUUCUAAAGAGAUCGAGAUUCAGAAAUAUCCAUCGCAGCGUGAUUUUGAUUAUAAAUCUCGAGCGGAUUUAUACGGGAAUGUGACGAUAAGGGCUGACUUUAUGAUGGAUGAGAGAAAUGGUAGUUACUCGACUAAUGUCACACUCUACAACUACUUGAAUAUUAACGAUACUAAAGGGCCAUUGGAAUUAAAGUACGCAUGGCACGGAAGAAGAACUAUCGGAUUGAGAAGUGUGGGUGCAAGUGCAAAAGGCAAGAUCUCUUGUUCGUCUAGCCAGGGUGUGAUUCCGUCGUGGUUUAGAGAAGCCGACCUUGCCAAGAGCUCUUGUUCAUUCCACAUUUCUGAUGAUACUAGAAUCCAUUCAAUUCGUGAUCCAGUUGUUAGUCAUUCCACAGAAGAAUGGAGAUACCGGUGUGGUCCAUUGAUGAAAGUUACUAAUCCUCCGGGUUAUAAUCUGAAACUUUGUCGCCGGAAGCGAGUUAAAAUCGCUCCGACCAAGAGGAAGAGGAGUAGCCGCCGCGUCUGUUGGAACUCGGGCCGCCGGAAGAAGAAACGGGGCAUGGCUCGACUCUCAUUGACCACUCCGAUUCAGAGAUUCCGUUUCUUCUCCUACUUAUCUCAGAAGAACAGAAGAGGAGGCAUUUUGGCUUCCUCUAGCUAUGAAAGUCGUCAUCUUUCGUCUCUAGUUGAAGCUUCAGACUUUGAGCUUGAUGAAGGCCCAGACGACAGCAAAGUAGCGGAGAAAGACACUAAUCUGCGCUCAGCGUUAUCAGAGCUUUCGUCUUCAGGUGUUUUUGAUCAAGACUCUAAGUUGUGGUUGCAGCGGUUUUCAAGAUCAAGGAGAGUCUCUGUGAUACCUACUGGUUCACUCAACCUUGAUCUAGCUCUAGGUGUUGGAGGAUUGCCAAAGGGAAGAAUGGUUGAGGUUUACGGAAAAGAAGCUUCUGGGAAGACAACUCUAGCUCUUCAUAUCAUCAAAGAAGCUCAAAAGCUUGGAGGUUAUUGCGCUUAUCUUGAUGUGGAGAAUGCAAUGGAUCCUUCUCUAGCGGAGUCAAUAGGUGUGAACACGGAAGAGCUUCUGAUCUCACGGCCUGAUUCUGCUGAAAAUAUGCUAAGUAUUGUGGAUGUGUUAACCAAGAGUGGAUCACUAGACGUAAUUGUGGUUGACAGUGUUGCUGCUCUUAUCCCUCAAUGUGAGCUUGAUCUUCCUCUAGGAGAUGUCUACAGAGACAGACAGUCAAUAAUAAUGACGCAGGCCCUCAGGAAAAUCCACUACUCUGUUGCCAAUUCUCGGACACUGAUCGUCUUUCUUAAUCAGGUCAGAUCACAUGCCAAAUCUAGCAUGCGUUUCCCUCACGCUGAAGAAGUGACUUGUGGGGGAAACGCAUUGCGGUUUCAAGCAGCUAUACGUCUCAAAAUGAUUAGAACCGGUCUGAUAAAGACUGACGAUAAGAUAAGUGGUCUCAAUGUGUGCGUUCAAGUGGUGAAAAACAAACUGACGCAAGGAAAGAAGAAAUCUGAACUAGGGAUUCACUUUGGCCGUGGCUUCUACGUGGAGCGUGAGGUUUUAGAAUUGGCUUGUGAGCAUGGAGUUAUAGUAAGAGAAGGAAGUAGCCAUCUCAUUGAAGGCGAGGUCCUGAAUGGGAAAGACGCAGCUGAGAAGUAUUUGCUUGAAAACAAGGAUGUUCUUGAUACAGUCAUCAAUACCCUGAGGAACCAGCUCUUCUAG